AUGGCCGCGAACUUGACCACGCACACCUACUUCUACCGCCGCUGCUUGAACCGGAACUUCAUCCGGUCCUACUCGGACAGCCGCAGGACGGCGCCACCGUCCGACAGGUGCUGCAGCAACUCGCACUACCCGCCGUGCCGCGGCUCGUCCUCAAGACCGAGGCCGAGGCCGAGGCCCGGGCCCCUACGAGGAAGAGGCCGCAGAGGCCGUAGGCGCUCGUACAGGACCUACAGCGCCUACGGGAGCUGGUCGCGGCAGGUGCUGCAGCGGGGCACUAUCGAGCAGAGACAGAGCAGAAACGGAACGGGCAACGACAAUGGCAACGGCGACGAGCAAGAGAAGAGCCGGUCGCGAACGUGGUAG